AUGCCUCUCUACCAGCCUGCGGGCCUCAACGCCCCCGUCCUCUCCCAAUUUUCUCUCCAGGGCAAGACCGCUGCGGUCACCGGUGGCGCCCGCGGAAUAGGACUCGAGAUUGUCCGGGCCCUCGCAGAAGCCGGUGCCGAUGUCGCUCUCAUCUAUGCAAGCAGCCCGGAAGAUGAGGUGCGGUCUGCGGCUUCGCAGAUCAGCGCUUGUACGGGCCAGCGCGUCACCGUAUUCCAAUCCGACGUGACAUCUCGCACACGGAUAGCCGACACGCUGGAGCAGAUUGCCUCCGCGCACGAGAACGGACGCCUGGAUAUCGUCGUCGCGAAUGCCGGAAUCUGCUCGAACAUUGCCAGUCUGGAGUACGAUGAGAGCUCCUGGCAGCGGGAUAAUGCGGUGAACUACGAUGGUGUCAUGUGGACAGCCCAGGCGGCCGGAAAGAUAUUCAAGCGGCAGGGAACAGGUAAUCUCAUUAUCACUGCUUCCGUGAGCUCGAUCUUGGUGAACAUGCCCCAGACGCAGGCCGCCUAUAAUGCUUCCAAGGCCGCGGUGGUGCAUCUCGCCAAAAGUCUAGCGGUGGAGUGGGUGGAUUUUGCGAGAGUCAACUGCAUCUCGCCUGGGUUUAUUAUGACGGAAAUGAUCACCCAGCAGCCGAAAGAGCGAGUCCAGAAAUGGAUGGCGAUGAUUCCUGGCGGGAGGAUUUGUGAUGCUGCGGAGUUGAAAGGCGCUUAUGUCUUUUUGGCCAGUGAUUGCUCCAGUUACAUGACCGGGGCGAACUUGGUCAUUGAUGGAGGCUAUACUCUGACUUAG